GCUUCACUUUAACUGGAGUGUCGAGGAGUCGCGUGCCAGGAGUUGCACCACCGGGGACUGACUGACAGACAGACACGCAACACCACCAAAACACACAAGACCAAGGGAGCAGCCGCCGCUUAGGGCCCCUGCAUCGACUCUUGGCAAAGGGGCUCUCGGGGAGGAGCUCCCCCGGACGAACACAGCGACAGCACGAGGUCGCUCUCCAGGUGGUGAGCUCAGUCCGCCACUCCAGGAAGCCGGAGAAGCUCGCGGCCCAGGCUAAAGCCCAAACCCGAGCCGGUGAUUAUAAGGCGCAAUUAAAGCGAGCCAAGUGUCUUCCCUCCGCUCCUGGGCAGAAAUGUUCGUCAAAUCCGAAAGCUUAGAGCUGAAAGAAGAGGAGGACGUGCUGGUGCUCUUGGGUUCGUCCCCGCCUUCCUCGUCCUCCCUGACCCCGCUGACUUCCAGCUCCGAAGAAGAGGAGGAGGAUGACUUGGACUCGCCUUCCCGAGGACGGCGGCCACGGUUGGCUGAGGCCGAGCGAGGGUCCGGAGGAGGAGUCGGCGGAGAUGGAGGGGGCGGCGGGGGCGGCGGGGGCGGCGGCGGAGAGGACCGCAAGCCUGCCCCUCGCCUCCUGAGCCUGGCUCACGAGUGCAAGCGGCGGCCGAGCCGGGCCCGGGGGAGCUCUCGGGGCGCCAAGACGGCCGAGACGGUGCAGCGGAUCAAAAAGACCCGGAGGCUCAAGGCCAACAACCGCGAGCGGAAUCGGAUGCACAACCUGAACGCGGCGCUGGACGCGCUGCGCGAGGUGCUGCCCACGUUUCCCGAGGACGCCAAGCUCACCAAGAUCGAGACGCUGCGCUUCGCGCACAACUACAUCUGGGCCCUCACCGAGACUCUGCGGCUGGCCGAUCACUGCGGGGCCGGGGGCGCGGCCGGGGGCGCCGCCGGCCUGCCCGGGGCGCUCUUCUCCGACGCCGCAGUGCUGCUGAGCCCCGGGGGGGCGAGCGGGGCCCUGGGCAGCUGCGGUGCCGACAGCCCCUCGUCGGCCUCCACAUGGAGCUGCGGCGACAGCCCCGCGUCCGCGUCCUGCACGCCCUCCAGCUCCACGUCUCCCUACAGCUGCACUUUAUCGCCCGCCAGCCCGGCCAGCUCGGGGGGCGGCUCCGACUUGGACUACUGGCAGCCCCCGCCCCCAGACAAACACCGUUACGCACCUCUGCACCCUAUAGCCCGGGACUGUAUGUAACACCUCGGCUGUCCACACUGCGCCCCGCGCCCCAUCCCCUCCUCCAUCAUCUCCUCCACCCCCCAAACCCGCUUGUCAGCUCACUUGACAGUCUAGUUGUAUGUUACGUGGUUG